AUGUCGAGAGUUAUAGUUAAGGGACUUCCAAUAUAUUAUGAUGAGGAUAAAUUGAGAAAGGUUUUCUCAGAAGAUGGACCGGUUACGGAUGUUAAACUGGUAAGAAAGAGAAAUGGACAAUCAAGACGAUUUGCAUUCAUUGGUUUUAAAACGAUGGAAGAUGCUGAACGUGUGGUGAAAUUCAGAGAUGGAACAUAUAUAGACACUGCAAAAGUGACUGUGCAACUUGCUAAGACAAUGAGGGAUCCGACAUUACCUCUUUCCUGGAGAGAGAGAAGAAAGCAACAAAGACUGCAAGAGAGGAAAUUGGAAGAGGAUUUGAAGAGACAAGAAGAACUACAAAAAUCUGUGAGACUAAGAAAGAAAGAGCAGCAAAGCAGAAAUAAAACAGUGGAUGAAAAAAUAAAGUCUAAUCCAGAACUUCAGGAGUAUAUGGAGACAACAAAGACUCAUGGUGAAGGACGUUCUUGGAACAAUGAUGAAGUUAUCAAUCCUGAUGAUGCACCUUCUGUAAAUGCUUUGGAAAAGACUUUGGAAAAGAAGGAAGAAGUUGAGCUAAAGCAGGACGGUAAGGCAAAUGAUGACAAAAGCAGCGGUGGCGAAUCAUCGUCGGAAAGUGAUGAUGACUUAGAGAACGAUAAGGAUGAUUCAAAUAAUGAGGACAUUAAGCCUAAAAGUAGUAAUGAUGUUCAGAAUGAAAAUCAAAACAUAGAUGAUCUUGAAUGGUUUAAGUCAAAGCGAGUUUUGAUACCGGAGAAGCAUCAUCCUGAAGAGGAGAGCGAUCAUGCAAAAAAAGAUGGAAAAGAAGAAGAAGAAGAAGAACAUCACCACCAUCACCAUCACCAUCAUGACCACCAUCAUCAUCAUCAUCAUAAAGAUGCUACUGAAGAGGACGAUCAUGAAAAUCUGAAAUCUGAGCAUCCAACUGCCAUCAAGAAACCCGAAAGAAAGUCACAAGUAGAAAUUGAUUGCGAAGAAAUAGAAAAGACAGGCAGGUUGUUUUUAAGAAAUAUUUUGUAUACAUCUACAGAGUCCGACUUUCAAACAUUAUUUGAGUCCUACGGUGAACUGAAGGAAGUUCAUGUGGCAGUUGACAGUAGAACUGGUGCAUCUAAAGGAUUUGCUUAUGUACAGUUCAAGAAUCCUUCUGAAGCCAUCACUGCCUAUAAGGAGCUUGACGGAAGUAUAUUUCAAGGAAGAUUACUUCACAUUAUAGCAGGAAAGCCUAAAAAAGAAACAGGUUUGGAUGAAUUUGUUUUAAAGAAUAUGCCACUAAAAAAGCAGAAGUUUCUGAGAAGAAAGUAUGGUGCAGCAAAGCAACAGUUUAGCUGGAAUUCUUUAUAUAUGAAUAAUGAUGCGGUGUUGGAAAGUGUUGCUUCCGAAAUGGGAAUAUCCAAAUCAGAGUUGAUUGAUCCAGAAAGUAGUAGCUCAGCAGUUAAGCAAGCCCUUGCUGAGGCCCACGUGAUUGGAGAUGUCAGGAAAUAUUUUGAAGGUAAAGGUGUUGAUUUGACAAAAUUCCAAGGAAAAGAGAAAGAUGAUCGUGUUAUUCUUGUGAAAAACUUCCAACAUGGAACAACCAAAGAGGAAAUUGGUGAGAAAUUUGCUAUGUACGGAAAGUUGAAUAGGAUUUUAAUGCCUCCAGCUGGUACCAUAGCUAUUGUUGAGUUUAGAGAUGCUCCAAGUGGGAGAAGUGCCUUCAACAAGCUUUCUUUUAAGCGGCUUGGCAAAUCAAUCUUGUAUCUAGAAAAAGGUCCAAAGGACUUGUUUGUCAAAGAACCUGAAGAUGAGGACCAGUUGAUAACCGAGUCUAAGGAUACAACCGGAGUCGAAAAUGCCAAAGUUUCCAGUGAGGAUUUGUUAUCAUCACAGGCAACGAAUGAGAAUAAAAUUAGUAAUAGUAAUGAUGACGUUGAUGUUGACGAUGAUGUUCCUGAGGGUUCUACAGUCUCUAUUUUUGUCAAAAACUUGAAUUUCUCCACUACUGUGAAAGAUCUCGAAGAUCUUUUCAAACCUUUGGAUGGAUUCUGUCUUGCCGUGAUUAAACAGAAGCCGGACGCCAAACAUCCAGGAAGGAUGUUAAGUAUGGGAUUUGGAUUUGUUGAGUUCAAAAAUAAAGCAUAUGCCCAGGCAGCAAUAAGUACCAUGGAUGGAUUCGUUCUAAGUGGACAUAAGUUGCAGUUGAAAAUAUCAACUAGAUCGUCUGGAAAUGGAUCAAGUACGAAAAGAAAAAGAUCUUCAAAAUCGAUUAAAAUUAUUGUCAAGAAUUUACCAUUCGAAGCCUCCAGAAAUGAUGUCUUCCAACUUUUCAGUUCUUUUGCUCACUUAAAAUCUGUCAGAGUUCCUAAGAAAUUUGAUAGAAGUGCCAGGGGUUUUGCGUUUGUGGAAUUUAACACUGUCAAGGAAGCGGAAACUGUGAUGGAUCAAUUACAAGGUGUCCAUUUGUUGGGAAGACGUCUUGUGCUUGAUUUUGCAGAGAAGAAUGCUGAUAACGCUGAAGAAGAAAUUUCUCGUAUGACCAAAAAGGCCAGAAAGCAGGUGAAUGCUACUAAGUUAGCUGGUUUGAGGGAGAUGAAUGAAGGUAAGAGGGAGCUUGACCUUGAAUCUGAUGGUGAGUAA